UUUUAACCCAAAAAAAACCCCAAAAAAUUCUCACCUGACCGCGCCCUGAGAAUAAAAAUCCAAUUAAUUAAAAUUAAAAAAAAAAAAAAAAAAAAAGGGGAGGGGGGGGAGGGGGAGGAAAUUCCCAGAAAUCUUGGAUUUUAACCCUUGGAAUUCCCGAUUUUUUUCCCCCCCCAUUCCGGAUCCGCUUUUUUUACCCCAAAAUCCCCCAAAUUCGCGGGUUUUUUGUGGUUUUUAUUCUGAUUUUUCCCUCUCCUCGUAGCCCGGCUGAGAGACUCCAUUUUAUCGCGAUUUUUUUUCCCGGAUUUUUUCCCGUUUUUCCCCAUUUUUUCCCCAUUUUCCGCCGCGAUUUUCAGGAUUUUUCUCCCGUUUUUUUCCCCCUGAUUUUAUCCCUCUUUUAUUCCCGAUUUUUUUUCCUUUUAUUUCAUUUUAUUCCCGUUUUUCCCCCGUUUUAUUUCCCAUUUUUCUCCGGUUUUUUCCCCUUUUAUUUCCCAUUUUCUCCGGUUUUUUUCCUUUUUAAUUCCCAUUUCCCCCCCCUUUUAUUCCCUUUUUUUCUCCAUUUUUCCCAUUUUUUAAAUUUUUAAUUUCCUUCUUUCCCCAUUUAAAAAAAAAAAAUCCCUUUUUUAUUUAACCCUUUCAUCCCCUGGAUUUCUUCUCCAUGGAAACCCCAAAUCCUUCUUUAAACCCUUCCCAAAAUUUGGAAAACCGGGAUUAGGGUGGGAAUUAAGGAUCCCAAAAUCUGACCCGGAGCUGUUGGAAUUCCAAAGAUUUGGGAUUUUUUUUGCCCAAAAAAAUUCCCAAAAAAUUCGGAAUUCCUGGAAAAGAUGCAGGAGAGCUACGAGAGCGUCAUUUCCUUGGCCGAGGAGAUCGCCAUCAGCUGGCCGCGGAUCACGGCGUUCGCCGAAUCGCACCGGAGACGGGGCCUGGGCGCCGACGCCGUCCCGGCCUCGCCGAGCGACGACGACGAGGAAGAGCCGCCCCGGGACCCUCUGGAAAAAUCCGAAAUUUCGGCCGCGCCGCCGACGCCGAACCCCAAAUCCCCCCUGAGCCCCGACCACCCCAAACCCGGCGCCGCCGAAACGCCGAGAGCCGAACCCCAACCCCAAAAAAAACCCGGCCUGAAGAAAUUCCCGCCGCGGAACCUCCGGUGCCACGACUGCGGCAAAGCCCUGGCGCUGCCGAAACGCCGGCGAGGCGCGGCGGAGCGAGCCCAUAAAUGCCAGGAGUGCGGGAAGAGCUUCCGGCUGAGCUCGAGUUUGGUGACGCACCGCCGGCGGCAUUCCGGUGAGAAUCCCUACAAAUGCCCCGACUGCGGCAAAUCCUUCAGCGUGGGCUCGGCGUUCAUCCAGCACCGACGGGUCCACGCCGGCGCGGCGCCGUGCCGGUGCGGCGUCUGCGGGAAGAGUUUCCCGGCGAGUUCGGCGUUGGUGAAGCACCAAAAGCUUCACCUGGAAGAAAAACCUUACAAAUGCGGCGACUGCGGCAAAGGGUUCAACUGGAAUUCCCACCUGGAGCGGCACCGCCGGAUUCACACCGGUGAGAAACCCUACGAGUGCCAGGAAUGCGGGAAGAGCUUUUCUUGGAGUUCCCACCUGGAUCGGCACCGCCGGACCCACGCGGCGGCGGCGUUGGCGGAACGCGGCGGGCGCUGCGCCGAGUGCGGCCCGGCCUCGCCGGAACGCGCCAAAAACGCCAAAAUCCCCAAAACCCGGCGGGAAUCGUCGGAAAAACCGCAUAAAUGUGAGGAAUGCGGGAAAAGUUUCGGCGCGGCGGCGGCGCUGGAGCAGCACCGGCGCGGCCACGCUCCCGGCAAACCGUACGAGUGCCGGGAAUGCGGGAAAAGCUUUUCCUGGAGUUCCCACCUGGAUCGGCACCGGCGGAUCCACAUGGGGGAAAAACCUUUCCGCUGCGGCAGCUGCGGCAAGAGUUUCUCCCAGAGCUCCCACUUGGAGCGGCACCGGAAAAUCCACCGGGAGCCGUGCCGGGAGUGCGGCAAAAACGGGAAAAAAGAGGGGAAAAAAGAGGGGAAAAAAGGCGGGAAAAGCUUCCAAAAAUGCUGCCGGAUUUUGGAGGAUUGCGGUUUGGCGUGGGGGGAGGAGGAGGAGGAGGAGAAGUGCGGGGAGUGCGGCAAAGAUUUGGAUUUGGGGUCGAGUUUGAAGGAUCAAGGGACUCAGACCGGGGAGAAGCCGUUCGCGUGCCCGGAGUGCGGGAAGAGCUUCGGGCAGAACUCGGCGCUGGCCAAGCACCGGCGCAUGCACACGGGGGAGAAGCCGUACAAGUGCGCCGAGUGCGGCAAGAGCUUCGGCGUCCGCUCCAACCUCAUCAAGCACCAACGGACGCACCUGGGAGAGAAACCCUACAAGUGCCCCGAGUGCGGCAAGGGCUUCAUCCAAAAAUCCGACCUCACCAAGCACCGCCGGAUGCACACCGGAGAGAAACCCUACGAGUGCCGCGAGUGCGGCAAGCGCUUCAGCGUCUCCUCCAACCUCAUCAAGCACCAGCGCAUCCACCUGGGCGAGAAACCCUUCCAGUGCCAGGAGUGCGGCAAGAGCUUCAUCCAGCGCUCCGAGCUCACCAUCCACCGCCGCGUGCACACCGGCGAGAAGCCCUACAAGUGCCAGGAGUGCGGCAAGUGCUUCAGCCGCAGCUCCCACCUCAACCGGCACCAGCGCACCCACGCCGGCGACAAGGCCGCUCGCGCCGGCGCCGGCGCCGGCGUCGCCUCCCCGCCCUCCUCGUCCUCGGCGGCGUUGGCGGCGCCCGGAGGUUUGGCUUUCCCGGCGUUCCCGGGUUCCUCGGCGGUGCCGGCGGCGUUGGAGCUGCCCUGGGCGUUGGCGCUGCCGGGCCGGGCGUUCCCGGGUUUUCCGGCGGGGUCGGUGGGUAAUUAGGGAGAGCGUUGGUUAAUUAGGGUUGGGUUGGUUUGGUAAUUAAGUGAUGAGAAGCAUUCCGUGGUUCCGGUGAGUUCCCGGCAUUCCCAGCGCUCCCAGUGCCCAACUGGGAUUGGCCAACACCAAAACCCAAAUUCGGGUUUGGUCUCCAUUGAUUCCCAUUCAAUUUGUUGCCCAGUUAACGAGCUCUAAUUAAUUAGGGGUGGAUUCAUUCAUUAAUUAAGUGGGGAAAUGAUGAAUUCCCAUCAUUCCAUGGAUCUGGUGAGUUCCCGGCAUUCCCAGCGCUCCCAGUGCCCAACUGGGAUUGGCCAAGGCCAAAGACCCAACAUUGGCUUGAUCCCAUUCAAUUUGCUGCCCAGUUAACGAUCUCUAAUUAAUUAGGGAUGGAUUCAUUCAUUAAUUAAGUGGGGAAAUGAUUAAUUCCCAUCAUUCCAUGGUUCCGGUGAGUUCUCGGCAUUCCCAGCGCUCCCAGUGCCCAACUGGGAUUGGUCGACCCCAAAAUCCGACACCGGCGCCGGGAAUUCUGUGGAAUUUUGGGAAUUUUCAUUUUUGUCCUUCUCGAAUUUUCCAUUCGUGUUCGUGGUGAAUUUUUUGGGAUAUUUUUAAUAAUUU